AUGCUAACCGAUCUAACAAAUGAAGUUAAUGAGGAAUUAAAAGUGGAAAUUAGAGAAGCUUUUGAAUUAUUUGAUACAGAUAAAGAUAAUGCAUUGGAUUUUCAUGAAUUAAAGGUAACUAUGCGAGCCUUAGGAUUUGAUGAAAAAAAACCUGAAAUAUUAAAAAUUAUACGUCAACAUGAUAAAACUGGUGAAGGGCUUAUUUCAUAUGAUGAUUUUUAUAAAGUUAAUCCUUUAGAUGAGAUUAAAAGAGCAUUCCAAUUAUUUGAUGAUGAUGGCACAGGAAAAAUUUCAUUAGAAAAUUUGAAAAGAGUUGCUAAAGAGUUAGGUGAGAAUAUAGAUGAAGAUGAACUUCAAUCUAUGAUUGAUGAAUUUGAUUUUGAUGAAGAUGGUGAAAAGCUUAAAGAUGAUGGUACUGCUGUUGCUCAUGGUGAAGGAUUAAAAGAAGGGUUAAAGAAAGCACAAGACGAAUUUAAUGCUAAAGAACAAAAAAAUAGUCUUCUUGUUGGUCUUGAAACAAAUUUGGAUUAA